AAAGUAUAUUCAAAGCUUAACUAUUACAACUGUCAAUAUUACUAUUCUAUUUAUCAUGAAGACUUUAGUUCUUUUAACUGCAUUAUUUGCAUGUGCAAGCGCAGGAAUAAUAAAAACUGUUUUGGAUUUGGAUGAAGUAAAUGCAGUAUCGAACCAACGUUUGUUAGCUCCUGUAGAAAAAUGUGAACAAGAUUGUUUAACACCGGCGGAGGUUCAAUUUUAUUCCGGCAAUAGACCAUGCAGGGAAUCACCUUGCGAGAUAUACACCGGCGAAAAAAUUAAUAUGAUUGUCAAUUUUACAGCUCCUAAUUAUUUGGAAAACUUGGAACCCAAACUGGAUAUGCAUAUUAGUAUAUUAUCUUUUCCUGUUGAUAUCGGGGAACCCAAUGCUUGCCAUCAAAUUACAAACACCAUGUGCCCCUUGGUCAAAGACGAGCCCGUCAGUUACAAACCAGAAUUUUAUUUACCGAGCCUGAUACCAGAUAAGACAGUAGCAAGCUUGCAAUUAUCUUUGUUGGAUAAGGAUACCAAUAAGAGCGUGUUCUGCUUUUCAAUAGACGUCCAAUUACUCAGUAAUUGAGAGAUCCUGAGGGUUAAUGCGGAAUUUCAAAGUUACAUUGGAUUAAUCUGCGUUCGUUAAACAAACAUUGAAUCUGUUUCUGUUAUGAAUAAUUGCACUGUUUAUUUAUUUGUGAUAUUUUUAUAUUAUUUUUUUAAUAAAUU